AAAAAAGCACAAUAAAUGAAUGAGAAAAAUGAAACCCAAGUAACACAGUUCAUCUUCUCCGGAUUCACAGAUCAUCCAGAAUUGCAAGUAGUUCUGUUUGCCAUGUUCUUGAUUAUUUAUAUCAUCACACUGAGUGCAAAUCUAGGGAUUAUCCUGUUGAUCAAGAUGGAUCCCCAGCUACAUACACCAAUGUACUUCUUCCUCAGCCAUUUGGCCUUCCUGGACGCCAGCUAUUCUUCCACUGUUACCCCUAAAGCAAUUGGAAGCUUUUUUGCCAAAAAGAAAACCAUUUCCUUGAUUGGCUGUGCAAUUCAGUUUUACAUCUUUGAUGGUUUGGUGAUGACUGAAUUAUUCUUACUGUCUGUCAUGGCAUACGACCGGUAUGUAGCCAUCUGCAACCCACUGCUCUAUUCUGUGGUUAUGUCGAAGAGGUUGUGCACUGUAUUAGUGUCUAGUGUGUAUGUUUAUGGCUUUGUGAGCUCAGUGGUUCAAACAGCAUUAACUUUUACGCUAUCUUUCUGUCGAUCAAAUGUGAUCAAUCAUUUCUAUUGCAAUGACCCCCCACUGUUAGCUUUGUCCUGCUCUGAUACUCGACCUAAAGAAAUCCAGCUUUUAGCUUUAUCUGGUAUCAAUUUAAGUAGUUCUCUCUUGACCAUCAUUGUCUCUUAUGUCUACAUUCUAUGCACCAUCUUUGGAAAACACUCUACUGGGAGAAGACACAGAGCUUUCUCCACCUGUGCCUCCCAUCUGACUGCUGUCAUCAUAUUCUAUGGCACCCUUUUCUUCAUGUACCUGCAACCAAGCUCUACUCACUCCCUCAGUUACGACAAGGUGGUGUCAGUUUUUUAUGCUGUUGUGAUCCCCAUGCUGAACCCUCUUAUCUAUAGCUUGAGAAACAAAGAAGUGAAGGGAGCCUUGGAAAAGCUGAUGGGAAAGAAAUGCUGUUUACACUUACAAUUAAUCUGUACAAUUGAGAUCCAGAGGCUCUGA